CGUAAUAAAAACACAGAGGAAGAAGGGAAUAAACAUGGCUGCCUCCAUUGCAAUGUCACGUUCUUAAGACUUCUUGUGCUGCUGAAGUUUAAUUUCGAAGAAACCUGGGAGCUAAUAUUUUUGAAUUAACACUGGAGGUAUCCAGACGGUAGUACACUGCAGGUUUCGUGCAACAUUAAUCCACCAUGGUGCAUCUCUCAUCUGCUCUUCUGAGGCGGUACCACGGGGGGCUUGUCAUCAUUAGGCUGGCGCUGGGUGGCUGCACAAACCGACCAUUUUACCGCAUCGUGGCAGCUUUUAACAAACGGGCGCGGGACAGCAAAUACAUCGAGCAACUGGGAACAUACGACCCCCUUCCCAACAUAUACAACGAAAAGCUUGUCAGCUUCAACUAUGACAGGAUCAAAUACUGGAUCGGCUGUGGCGCCCACACAACAAAACCCGUAGCCAAACUCCUAGGUCUGGCUGGGUUCUUUCCUCUCCAUCCCAUGACUGUGACCGCAGCUGAGCGUCUGAGAAAGCUGGCCGCACAGAAGGAACAGGAGGCUUCUGGGAGUGGAACAGAGGAGGGACAGGGCAAAGAAGAGCAGCGGCAAGAAGCAUAAUCCACCACCACCAAGUCUGGGCAUGUGUCCACGAAAAUGUCUGAACUCUUCUGUAUAUGUUGACAUCCUCAUUUUGAUUUUUGAAUUUUUUUUGCAGCCAUUUCCUCAUCCCUUCCAAAAUGCUUUGAAGGACGCUUUGGCCUUUGCAUGUUAAAAUAUGAAAUGCAUUGUGAGAUUUAUAAUGUAUGCAGUAAAAUUCUGUUUUAAAUGAA